AUGGAUGGCAUAGUCAAACACAGCAUGGCGCUGCUGGACCAGCUGUGGAAGAUGAGGGAGAUGGAUGAGCUCACGGACGUGGUUCUGGUCGCGGAGGGUGUGAGUUUCCCUUGCCACCGGGUCGUCCUCUCUGCCUUCAGCCCGUACUUCCGGACCAUGUUCACCUGCGGCCUGCGGGAGUGCCACCGCAGGGAGGUGGUGCUGCAGGACACCACUGCAGAAAGCCUGGGCCUCAUCAUCAACUACAUGUACCGCUCAGAGCUCCUGCUCUCCAACGCCAACGUGCAGGGCGUCUCCAUCACCGCCUUCCUGCUGCAGAUCGAGGAGGUCUUCCAGCUGUGCCAGAGGCACAUGGUGGACAACAUGGAUGCCUCCAACUGCCUGGGCCUGUAUUUUUACGCACAGGACCUUGGAGCCGAAGACCUGGCAGGGCAGGCCCAUCGCUACCUGUGCCAGCACUUUGCCGAAGUCUGCCACAACGAGGAGGUGCUGGAGCUGGAGCACCGCCAGCUGCAGGCCCUCAUCAGCUCCGACGAUCUCAACGUGUCGCGUGAGGAGAGCGUGCUGGAGGUGGUGCUGCGCUGGGUGGAGCACCGGCGGGCUGGGCGCGAGGCGCACGCCCCCGAGCUGCUGCAGCGGGUGCGCCUGCAGCUGGUGGACCCGGCCGCGCUGCGACAGGCGCGGCGCAGGAACACCGUGCUGCUCUGCAACUCCGAGUGCUUCAACAUGAUCGACCUGGCGCUGCAGUCGGCGCGUCUCGCCUCCUCCUCCUCCUCCUCCUCCGCCCCCCGCCGGCUGCAUCUGCGCUACGGCAUGGAGACCACGCACCUGCUGCUCUGCAUCGGCGGCACCGGCCAGGGCGCCCAGUCCCAGCGCCGCGGCUACGCCGACCACAGCUUCUGCUACGCCCCCACCACGGGCCGCGCGUACUUCAUCCCCUCGCCGUGCCGCGGAGAGGCGCUGCUCUCCGUAUGCGCCGGGGUGGUGACUGACGGAAAUAACAUCGUGGUGGCCGGGGAGGCGGGCCCCUCGAGGAGGUCCGAACAGCAGGCCAGGACUGUGGACAUCUACAGGUAUGAGCAGUCAUCUCUUGGUGGCUGGGUGCAGUUGUGCUCAGCAGAUUACCGGGACAUGUACGCAUUGGGGGCACUUGGGGACACACUGUACCUGCUGGGGGGGCAGAUGAAGCUGAAUAACCAGUACUUCAUCACCAAUUGUGUGGAGUGCUGGACCAUGGACGGGGGGCCCUGGCACAGCUCCGCCCGUCUGCCCAUCCCACUGGCCUGUCACUGCGCAGUCAGCCUCAAGAACCGCCUCUAUGUGCUGGGGGGCUGGACCCCGCAGUCGGACAGGCCGGAUGACGAGCCAGAGUGCCUGAGCAAUCGCGUCUUCCAGUUUGACCCCGGCAGGAACAAGUGGACCGAGUGUAGUCACAUGAAGUACUCCAGGUAUCGCUGUAGCACUGCUGUGCUCAAUGGGGAGAUCUAUGUCCUGGGGGGUAUUGGGUGCGAGGGCGAGGAUCACGGGCAGUCUCGGCGGUGCCUGAGUGCAGUUGAGGUUUACAACCCGGACAGGGACCUCUGGAGGGAGGGCCCGCUGCUGCCCUCGGCCCUGCUCUCCCUGCGCUCCAACGCCUCCAACGCUGGAGUGGCGGAGGGCAAGCUGUAUGUGUGCGGAUCUUACAGGGGGGCAGAUAGGCACGAGGUCAUAACCAAAGACAUCCUGGAGCUUGAUCCCUGGCAGAACCAGUGGACUGUAGCUGCAAGGCGUGUCUUGAUGCAUGACAGCUAUGAUGUCUGCUUAGUUGCUAGCCUAAACCCCCGUGACCUCAAGGCCGCACCCUCUGAACUGGAAGAGGUGUGACUUCAUGUCCGGACAUGCCCCAGACCACCUGGAGGGGAAAGAGGAAAUGAGGCAGUG